AAAUGGUCUCAUAAACCGAGUGAUGUGAUAAUCGGGUGCAGAGAUAUACAAAAGGGAGAAAAUGCGGCCCAAGAUAUUAGGAUUAAAAAUCCAAAGGCAGACAUAAUUGUCAUGAAAUUGGAUUUAUCCUCACUUUCAUCGGUCCGACACUUUGCUAAAUCAGUGGCAAAACAGUUGACCAAAGUUGAUAUCCUUAUAAACAACGCCGGAGUUAUGAUGUGUCCGGAGUCGACUACAGACGAAGGCUUUGAACUUCAAUUAGUGUCCAAUUAUUUGGGUCAUUUUUUGCUAAACCAUUGUUUAAUGCCUUUAUUAAAAAAGUCAACGAAAGCACGAAUUGUGAAUUUGUCAUCAAUUUGUCAUAUAUUAGGAAAAAUACAUUUCGAUAAUAUAAACCUCAAGAAUGGUGUUUACAGACCAAUGAAAGCCUACAGUCAAAGCAAAUUGGCUAUCAUUUUGAGCACUCAAGAAAUGUCCCGUAGAUUAGGUACCGACAGCUCUGUCACUGUCUAUAGUCUUCAUCCGGGAGUCAUUCAGACAGAGAUUACCCGACACUUCCCAUUAUAUUUAUAUCUAUUCCUUAAACCCUUUAUGGUAUCGAUUGAAACGGGAACUCAAACAACACUUUACUGUGCGCUCGAAGAGAGUAUUGAAAAUGAGUCCGGAUUUUAUUACGAAAACUGUCAACGACUCGAUAAUAUGGUUUCGCAGGCAAUCGACGCCAAAAAUGCACAAAAACUAUGGGAUUUGAGCUCCGAUUUGGUUCAACUCGAAGAUCAACUUAAAAUUAAA